AUGAGGAACGUGCUGCAGAAGGCGAUGCUCCUUGAGUUUAUAAACGCCAGAGUUCUGCGCGGAGAUGAGCUGGUCGCAGAGUCGGUUUUCGUGCGGGACGGCCGCUUCGUAUCGGCGGUUGCCGCGGAAGACACAUCUACACGACGCACAAUCGACUGUAGCGGUAAGAUCAUUUGUCCCGGUUUCAUCGACAUACAAAAUAACGGCGCGUUCGGCGAGGACUUUUCGCAAGCCGAAGACCUGCCGCUGAGCAUCUCGAAGUGCGGGAAGUUGUUGGUGCGCACGGGCUGCACGUCAUUCUGUCCGACGCUGAUCACGAGCUGUCCGACGUUUUACAAGCGUGUGCUCCCGCAAGUAAAGAUUCAAACGCGCAACGACGUUGGCUGCGCAAACAUGCUGGGGCUGCACCUAGAGGGGCCGAUGAUACAUGUGAAAAAGUCAGGCUGCCAUCCGGUCGAGCUAAUCACUGACAAAGGCGCGCUGGCUUCGCGCGCAGAAGCUGAAAAGCUUCUCAGCGCAGUGUACGGCGACAACUUGGACGCCGUCUCUAUCAUAACGCUGGACGCGUCGACGGCCGGCUGCGAGCACCUCGUCGACGCCAUCGUUGAGCGCGGCAUCAUUGCCAAUCUGGGUCACUCCGUCUGCACCUACGCACAGGGAGAGCGCAUGCUGGCGCAUGGCGCGUCGGGGCUUACGCACUUGUUCAACGCGAUGAACGAGUUUACGCCGACUGAGCCGCAUCUCCCCGGGCUGAUUACCCGCAGAGGCGUCGUUGGCCAACGCAGGGUCAAGUUGAGUCUCGACAAGGUUGCGAUGCGACCGACUAUUUUGUACUACGGCUUCAUCUGCGACCUCGUGCACGUGGCUGCUGCAGCCGUACCGCUGUGCUAUAAGCUGAAUCCGGAGGGGUUAUGCCUGAUCACCGACGCAAUGGCCGCACUCGGGCUGCCGGACGGAGAGUACACGCUGGGGCAAGCUCAUGUGCAGGUGGGCGGCAUGCCGCGCGCUGCGCGCCGCAAAGGCGAGGACACGCUUGCCGGCGUCAUUGCGCCGAUCAACGAGUGCGUGCGGAACUUCGUCGCGAGCACCGGCUGCUCGCUCGCGUUCGCGCUCAAGGCCGCGAGUCUGACUCCCGCGCUCUACCUGGGCGUCGACCACUCCAAGGGAAAAAUCGAACCGGGCUUCGACGCUGACUUCUGUUUGAUUGACGAAGAUGUGAACGUUUAUGAGACUUGGAUCAACGGAAAAAAAUGCUAUAGUGCUAAUUAG